UAAAUUUGCAGACGACGUGUUAUGCAGCUGAAACUGAAGUCAUGUCGUUGGCCGUGAUAACUCGCUCAAAACGGCUAACCAAAACGUUGUUUGCACAUCUGAACUUGUGCUCGUUGUCGAUCAGGUGGAUAAAGCAUGAGUUUUGUACUCUGUCUAACCGUUUACACUCACCAAAUGCAUCGAUGUCAUCACCCCAACACGAACGAGUGUGUCCGGAUUACUUAGAAGCCAGCGACAGCAACACUGAAGAAAUUUUGUCAAAAGACAUGCUCGUUCACAAAGACUUUAUAAGUGAAGAAGAAGAACAUCAUUUACUUGAAGAAAUGAUUCCUUAUCUCUCUAGACUACGAUACGAAUAUGCCCACUGGGAUAAUGCAAUUCAUGGUUAUAGAGAAACAGAGAGGAAGCACUGGACAGCCAGGAACAAAGUGAUACUUGAACGGGUGAAGCAGUUUGCCUUCCCACCUACUGUGUCUGCAUUAGCCUAUGUCCACAUCUUAGAUUUGGCUGAAGAUGGUUACAUCAAGCCACAUAUAGAUGCUGUUCGGUUUUGUGGUGACACAAUUGCAGGCCUGAGCUUAUUGUCACCUUGUGUCAUGAGGCUGGUGAAUGACAAAGACAAGAUGAAGUUUGCCAACAUCCUUCUACAGCCAAGAUCCCUGUACAUCAUGAAGGACAGAGCAAGAUAUGAAUACACCCAUGAAGUUUUGCCGGGGCAUUCUUCUGUGUUUAAAGGCCAGAAUGUACCUAAAACUCGAAGAAUAUCAGUCAUCUGUCGAAAUGAACCAGAAGAAAUUGACCCAUGACAAAUUCUGGUGUUAAAUCUGAAUUUUAUUGGAAAGUUUUUAUUUUACUGUGACAUUCUUUUUGAGAAUACCAGCUUUAUGCAAGGUGAACAUACACUUGAUUAUCAUUAGCAAUGUUUCAGCAAAUGUUUGUACUCUAAUGAUUUAUACUUGGCAGGUUAGUGUAGGUAACAUACUGAUGAUUUCAUUGCUACUAGUCUUGAGUAAGUGGAAUUAACGGCACCAUAUUAUAUCUCAGGUUUCAACAUUUGGUUACUGGCUCAUGAGAUAGUUUUCGUGAUUCAGACGUUUAGCCCUGGGCCAGUGUGGUUGCAUGUUCAAAUCCCACUUGGGUCAACUCAUUGUUGUCUUAAGAGGCUUUGGAGUGCUUUAGGUAAUAAAUCUGUUAAGGGAAGACUUUGUGGCAGGAAUGUACCUGAAGACAGGUGGCCCUGUACCAUUAAUGACAGCCAGCAAUUUCAUAAAACUCCAGUCAAAUACAUUAAUAAUUACUGUAUCUGCGGAACAGUAUGUUUCACGGGAUGUUAAAGAAAUGAUUUACACAUUUGUUAUGCACGUAAUAUAAUUUUGAACUUCUAUCAAAAGUCUGAUUUUUGUAAAGAACAUUCGGUAUGAGUUUAAAUACUGUUAAUAAAGUAAGUUUUAAGACACAUAGCUGUAUGUAUGAACUUCUCAAGCAUUGUUCUGCAGUGAAAAUCAGCUGCCCUCCACAAGUCAUCAUCAUUGGACAAGUGUUAGUUGUUGCUUAUUGGCAAGGCAAGGUACCCUCUUCUGGUCGCCUUUCUGGCAGAUUAAUGUGUGAGACCUAUGAUCUGUUUGUAUAUUGAUGUAAAAGAUUGUGCUCUCUUGUCCGAAACACAGCUGGACCUGUUAGCAAAUGAAGAUAAGGGGAAGAAAAAUAAAGU